AUGGAGAAGACCGUCACCGAUCGCGCAUCACAAGUAGUACCCAAGGAAACACCUGAUGCAGCGUCCGAGUCGCGCACAGUCCUUCCAAAGGCCUCGACGGUGGUAUUUCUUACUAUUGCCCUCUGUCUAGGCGUCUUUUGCAUGUCCCUGGUGAGAAAGCUUGACAAAGCGUCGGAAACUCCAGUGAUUACCAAACUGACACCACCCUCUCCCCAGGAUGUUACCAUCAUUGCUACAGCCAUCCCGCGUAUCGCUGACCAAUUUAACUCUCUGGACGACGUGGGUUGGUACGGGAGUUCAUAUCUUCUCACCAAUUGCGCCACAACCCUGGCCUUUGGCAAGUUUUAUACCUACUACUCAACCAAAUGGGUGUACCUCUCGGCCCUCUGCCUAUUCGAGAUCGGGUCCGCCGUCUGCGGAGCGACUCCCAACUCUCUCGGUCUCAUCCUGGGUCGAUGUCUGGCUGGUCUGGGUGCCGGGGGUCUCUUCUCCGGCAGUCUCCUAAUCAUCGCUCAGGUGGUGCCUUUACAUCGCCGUCCAGUGUUUACGGCCUUGCUGGGUAGCAUGUUUGGAAUUGCUAGCGUUAUUGGUCCUCCCCUUGGUGGCGCAUUCACCGAUCACAUCUCGUGGCGAUGGUGUUUCUAUAUCAACCUCCCCAUCGGUGCCGUGACGGGUCUUUUCGUAUUAUUUUUCUUUCAUGCUCCUGGACCAGUUCAGAGCCGACCCAGUCUCCGUCACCUGCUUCGAAAGCUUGAUCCGAUUGGGACAGUCCUGUUCUUGCCUGCCAUUGUUUGUCUAUUGCUGGCGCUGCAGUGGGGAGGUAACAAAUACACGUGGGACAACUGGCGCAUCAUCGUGCUGUUUGUGGUCGCGGGGGUGCUUCUACUCGCCUUCGGGGGCUGUCAAGUCUGGCAGGGAGAUGAUGCCACACUCCCGCCACGAAUUGUGCGUAAUCGCGACAUUUGGUCGUCGGCUUGGUUCGCUUUGACGCUCAACGGUGCCUACUUCGUGUUCAUUUACUAUCUUCCCAUCUGGUUCCAAUCUAUCAAAUCCGCCUCGGCCACCAAAUCCGGCCUCAUGAGCCUCCCGAGUAUCCUGGCCGUCGUGAUUGUUUCCAUUCUCUCCGGAGUCACCGUCAUGGUCUUUGGUUACUACAAUCCCUUUAUGAUCCUGGCGUCGGCCAUCCUCGCGGUGGGCGCGGGACUCCUCAGCACUCUGGAGCCGGACUCGGAUCCUGGCCUGUGGAUCAGUUAUCAGAUCCUCGCGGGUAUCGGAGUCGGCCUUGGUCAGCAACUACCAUUUGUGGUGGUGCAAAAUGUGCUCCCGGACAGCGACGUUCCCACGGGGACCGCUGUGGUCACCUUUGCCCAGACACUGGGAGGGGCGAUCUUCAUCUCCGUAGCGCAGAGUGUGUUCACGAACCAAUUUAGGCGAGUCAUGUGGGCUGCGGAUCCGUCCAUCAGCGUGGCGGAAAUCCUCGCCGCGGGAACGACGACGCUUCGGCAGAAGUUGCAGGGAGAUCAACUCACAACUGUCGUACAUUCCUACAACUCAGCGGUGACACAGGCAUUCUAUGUGGGAGUCGCGCUGGCCGCGCUUUCGGUGUUUGGAACACUUGCCUUGGAAUGGAGGUCGGUCAAGAAGACGGAGAAACCCGCACCUGUCGAGGCGAAUGCAAGUUAG